AUGCACGGGACUGUUCAGGGUGCCAUCAGGGCCACGCCCCUGGCGCGGCCGUGCCAGCGGCCCGUCGCGCAUGCGGCCCAGGCGCGCUUCGUGGUGCGCGCGGCCGCGGCCGCUGACGCCGCGGCGGCCACCACGCUGACCACCAAGGACAUGAAGCGGUCGAAGCGCUACAGGACCGAGCGGGUGAAGGUGCCGAGGAAGGUCGAGCUGUCGCCCGCGGAGGCGGUGCAGCUCAUGGUGGACUCGUCGAGCGCCAAGUUCGACGAGACUGCGGAGCUCCACGCCCGGAUGAACCUCGACACGAAGUACAACGACCAGCAGCUGCGUGCCACUGUCUCGCUGCCCAAGGGCACGGGCAAGACGGUGCGCAUCGCCGUCAUCUGCAACGACGACAGCGCGGAGGACGCCAAGGCGGCUGGCGCGGAGUUCGCGGGGGCUGACGGUCUGAUCGAGGAAAUUGGCGGAGGGAUGAUGGACUUCGACCGUCUGAUCGCGACGCCGGAGAUGAUGCCCAAGCUCGCGAAGCUCGGCCGCGUGCUCGGCCCCCGUGGUCUGAUGCCGAACCCCAAGGCGGGCACCGUGGUCACGGACAUCGCGGCGGCGGUGAACGAGUUCAAGGGAGGCAAGGUCGAGUUCCGCGCGGACAAGGCCGGCAUCGUGCACUGCUCGUUCGGGAAGACGUCGUUCAAGCCCGACGACCUCCUGGUGAACCUCAAGGCGGUCGUGGACGCGAUCGAGGCGAACCGCCCGUCGGGCUCGAAGGGCGUGUACUGGAAGACGCUGUACAUCACGAGCACCAUGGGCCCGUCGAUCAAGAUCAACCCCGGCGACCUCAAGUCGAUGCAGACCGACCAGUAG